AUGGCACCCUUCAUGGGCCUCAGAGGCUCUCGCCUCAAUGUAGCCACUAUCUUGCUGGUUGUGCUUCCAGCAUACAUGUGCUUCGGAUACAACCUGGCUGUUGCGGGAGGGCUGCUCACAAUGCCGUCUUUUAUUGAGCAGUUUCCAAAGAUGGAUACUGUUCAUAAUUCGAGCAAAUUCAACUCCAAUGUUCAAGGCACCGUCGUCGCAUUGUUUACCGUCGGAGGUAUGCUAGGAGCAUUGUCCACCAUCUUUGUGGGUGAUAUCUUGGGCCGGCGAAGAGUCAUAUUCAUUGCAUCAGCCUUGGUCAUCGUCGGCUCUCUUCUCAUGUCGUCCUCAUAUUCCUUUGGACAGUUUAUUGUAGCUCGACUCGUUCAGGGAUUCGGAACUGGCGCUACAACUGCGACUGUGCCUGUCUGGCAGUCAGAGAUAUCAGGCACAUCGCAUCGCGGAUCGCACGUCGUUACUGAAGGACUGUUCGUGUCGGUUGGUAUAGCGGCCUCUCUCUGGAUCGAUCUGGGAUUUUCUUUCAUUGACACGAGCUCGGUAUCGUGGCGUGUUCCUUUGGUCCUGCAAACCUCGCUUGCAAUCUUCGUCAUGAUAUUCAUUUUCCGGUUACCGGAAUCACCUCGCUGGCUGCUAGGUAAAGGCCGCGCUGAGGAAGCACGCCAGAUCUUGACUAUUCUUCGUGAUGUUGAUCCCGAUGACGAAGGUGUGCGUAACGAAAUCGCGGAUGUUCAAAAGUCGCUGGAACUAGUUUACAAUGUCAGCCGCUGGGAUAUUGUGAAAAUGGGAGAGAAGCGCAAUGUGCAUCGGCUAGCACUGGGAAUGACGAGCCAGUCAUUUGGACAACUCUGCGGCAUCAAUUCUCUCACUUUCUAUGCGACCGUCAUCUACGAUCAGCGGCUGCACAUGGGAGGUACUGAAUCACGCGUUUUGAGUGGUGCCAUGGUUACUAUCCAAAUUAUUGGCGCCCUCGCCGCUGUAUUUACGAUUGAUCGCUUUGGUCGUCGCCCUCUCAUGCUCACAAGUGCGACGGGCAUGUGUAUCUCAAUGGCUGUUCUUGCCGGUACAAGCUCGACAAGCGAUAAUCACGCGGCCCUCAUAGUCGCCGUGGUUGCUCUAUACGCCUUCAAUUUGUUCUACCCCUUCGGCUUCCUUGGUGUCCCAUUUCUCUACUCGACAGAGGUAGCGCCCCCGCAUCUACGCGCAAAGAUUAGCGGUAUCUCCAACUGUAUGACCUGGUUGUUCAACUUUGUCGUUGUAGAGGUUACACCCACUGGCUUUGAGACAAUCGGUUACAGAUAUUAUAUCGUUUGGGCAGUUAUCAACUUUGCCAUUGUCGCAACAGUUUAUUUCUUUUUUCCAGAAACGAAUGCGAGAUCGUUAGAAGAGAUGGAUGAGAUUUUUAUGGAAUCACGCAAUAUCUUCGACGCGCCGAGAAUAGCGCAGCGCUUGCCGCGGAAAUUGCAUUUAGAGGAUGACUUUGACGAGGGUAAAUACUAA